AUUUCCAUCAUUUCGUUCACUCUUCAAACUUUUUCAUUCAUUCACUAAAGUAAACUUUCCCAGUGGUAGACGUUGAACAACUUGUUUCUAAAAAUUAAUAAUUUAUUUAUUUUAGUUUGCUAUUUGCAUAAAUGUUACAUGUGCCAUUUAAUACUAUACAACACCAAUUCAUUGUUCUUCUAAUACAAGUUAUGGACCAGUGAACACUUGGAACUGUAUCUUAUUUGGAGUUUUUGAUGUUGUUUAUUUUUACAACUUUGUAAAUUCCUCUUGUCGUGUAAACAAUUUGUGAAAAGUUGUGAAUAUGGCUGGCAAAUUCUACUUCGUAGUAGCGUUAGUGUGUAUAGUGCCGAUAGUUUAUGCUUGUAACGAGGCUAUUUGUGCCAGUGUGGUGUCAAAAUGUAUGCUGACCCAGUCAUGUAAGUGUGACCUGAAGGAUUGUUCCUGCUGCAAGGACUGUUUCAACUGCCUCAGCUACUUGUACAGCGAGUGCUGCAGUUGUGUUGACAUGUGUCCGAAACCGAAUGACACACAAACAGAAUUAUCCAAGACGUCAUAUGUGGAGGAAUUAGCAGAUGGUGUGCCUGGACUCUUCGCCGCCCUCACCAGUGACCCGGACCCUCAACAGAGGUGGCUGUCCAUCACAUACCCAGUAGACAUUGAUUUAUCAGCUUACAGAGCAGUUCCAGAGAAAACAGUUGUCUUCCAUUUACAGAGCGUGGAACAGGAGUCGGAGCCAGUGAGCCGCGACAUCGUGACUCUGAACUGCACCGUCGCGUACAUGUCACAAUGCAUGUCCUGCGACAAAUGCCGCGCGUCCUGCAGGUCCAUGGGCGCUAACAGCUUGAGAUGGUUCCACGACGGAUGCUGCGAGUGUGUGGGAGACAAAUGUUUAUCUUACGGGAUCAAUGAGAGCAGAUGUCUGGCAUGUCCAGAUGGCAAGGAGACCACAGUGAAUUCUCUUGACGAGGACCUUACUUAUGAUGACCUAGACUACGGCGAAGAGGUCGACGCCCAAUCUGUAUAAAGUACAGUCAAAAUAAGGCUUAUUGUCCAUGUAACCGCACGUCUUACGCACGCCUUCGUCAAUAGAAGCUACCGAAUUUUUGCUCACUAGAUGACGUUAGUCUGAGCCUCUCGUUCUUCGUCCAAUAGGGAAUUAGCUACUGUCUCACUAUU